AUGGCGACUACUCUGGAAACGUAUGUAAAUCGUAUCCUUUUAUACUUGAAUCACUUGCAUUAGGAAUCGAAAUUAUCAAAUGCAACUAUUUCUCGCUGGUUGAUAAUGCACAUAUCUCUUUCAGGUAGCACACGUUUCAAUCAGAUUGGUCUGGUGUGCUUUCAAUUGUCUAUGUUAAAGUGCGCGUGUUCCACAGCAUCAAACAAUAUGCUCUCGGUAACUUUCAGAAUCUUUGCAGCGUUAAUAAAUCUUCAACCACGAAAAAUCUUAAUGCGUCAGAAGCAAUAGUAAGCUGUGGUUUAUCAUUUUCGGUUUUUUGAGACUCUAUAAUCGUGACAAAACGUUAAACGUUCUCUAGUACAUGUUAGUCCUUACAAGGACUGGGAACAUAUGUCACUACCAGGUUGUUCAUCUGCAGAAAAGCACCAUGUACAUUCUUAUGUGCGAGUCUACAUCUGUGUCGAGGUACACAUUCUUAACACUAGAAUAUAGAUACUGUAGCAGUAAUCACACAGGAUGGAAGAAUGAUUGUGGUAAGAUUUUGUAGAUUUUUGUGCCGUGAAUUUCAUUAUGUAGUUUAUUGCAAAUCUAAAACCAGUCAUAACUUUUUAAUAAGCCUAUCAGGGGCGAACUCCAAGGCAUGUGAGAUGUCAAUACCUCUCCCCCUCUCAUCUCUUGUUUUUCUUUUAGUUAAUUACUAAUUUAUACCCUAAAUUACUCUUUUGCCUAUUUUUCAUGCAGGAAGCAAUUUUUUUUGAGAGCAAGGAACCUUCUUCACAAAAUUUGUUUCUUGACUUAUUUUAGGGAACCCUUAAAGGGUUUGAUCAAACAGUGAAUUUAAUUUUGGAUGAGAGCCAUGAGAGAGUGUUCUCUUCAGGAAGUGGAGUGGAACAGGUCAUGUUGGGUCUUUACAUCAUCAGAGGAGAUAAUAUGUAAGCUGGUUUACACAUUGCAGGUUACUUUUAAAAUCAGGGUUUCUUGAGACUUAAUCCCAUGCUCACCUGUCGAGUUUUAAUCUAGUACGGUGGAAAGGUCUGUUGUAAACAGUAACUGAAUUUUAAUAACCUGAAUCAUCUGAAUCAUCUGAAUCAUCAGAGUUUUACUUAUCAACACUAGUUUGCAUGUUCCUCAGCCCCUCAAGCUAUUUUUAUUUCUUGUAGUGGCAUUAGAGGUAUGACUUUCUGCAACAUCAAAAUCGCUUUCUCCAUGCUUUUUUGGUGUGAAUGAUGUCAGUGGACUAAAUAGUCUUGACAUUUGUUUAUUUUCAGUGCUGUCAUAGGAGAAAUAGAUGAGGAAGCAGAUGCUAACUUAGAUUUGAGUAGUAUUCGUGCUGAUCCACUUAAUGCUGUAGUUUACUAAGAGCCUUUGAGAUGUAUUUGCUCCCAACAUCAUUCUAACUUGAGGUACUGGCUGCAGAGGGAAGAAGAAAAAUCAAAAUUGACUCAAUACAUCAGUGAACUAUGUAAAUUUACUAAACUAUUAUGGUGUGUUGAGUGUGCCAUAGGGCCAUACUAAACCCAUUUCCUGGACAAGAUAUGAUUGUGGCUUUGGCUGUAAAAUAAUGAAUCAUUUUAUGACAGUUAUAGGUUGUGUUGGCAACAGUUUCAGUGUUUAUACCAACAACCUGGUCAAGAAAGCUCUUAGAGGCAGAUCAUUUGAAUUUUGAUGGGAAGUAAUGUAUAUUCUAGUACUGGCUUUAAGAAUAACUUCCAGGGAAAAUACACAUAUUUCUUCCACCAAAUCACACAAUGGACUGCUUUCAGCUUUAUUUUUAACAAACUUUUGCAUGUUCCCAUUCCAUAAGUUUAAGCCAGCCAACCAGCUAACAAAUUGUCAAAGCAAAGUUUAUACGUAUCUUUUCUUUUUUCUGCAAAUGCAAACACAUUUCAUGUAAAUGGUAGAUUUCACCAUUGCUUUUACUAGAAGUUCAACUUGAGCUUGCGUAAUCAGGUCCUAGAUGCAAUUUCCUCUGUAAUCCCUUCUGUUACAUUUUACGAUACUGGAAAUUUUUCAGAGAGCUACUUCAUCGUAAUAUGAAUUAAAAAGUCAUGAGUGCUUAGUAUGUAUGUAGUUGUAAUAAAAUUUUAAAAUGUUCUGAAAACCAU